GUUAAUUUUCGCGCCAUUCACCCUUGGCAUUUAGGAACAUCUCCCAUAUAAAAAUUUAAUACGGUAUGUAAAUUAUAAGUUUUUUAUUAUUUAUGAAAAAAUCUCGAUAAUUACAGGAACAAGUUAUCAAUAAACUUUUAUGUAGUUAAUGUAAAUUUUGCGAAGUAUUUGUGUUUCCUUUAUCUAAGCCAAACAAAUAGCUAGAAUUGGGAACAAUUUUUAUAGAUAAGCAGGAUGGGCGCUGUUAAAAAACGUUUGGAACGCUUUCUGCUAAAAAAUGUGAAACGUUAAUCACAAACAGAGAGUAUUCUAACGUUUAUUUUUUAAACCACUUUAUUUAUAAAUCAUCACUGCUUCAUUACAUUUAUCUAGUAUAAAAUUAAUAUUUUUUAUUUGCGCUGCGUGACUAUAAAAAUCGAAAUACAGGGAGAAUCCCCGUCUGUGGAAUAGUUUGAGUUCCCAUUCUGAUGAAGGCUGCUCAGUGACGUAAUAUCGAUAUCAACCAAUCGCCUCUCGACACAAACAGAAACUUUAAUAACGUGAUGCCGUCUGCUAUCUGUUUAUUUUCUUUCAUCCGCUCCGCAGUACGAAAUUUAUUAGUGGAGAGUGGUUGAUCGUGUAAGCUGGAAAUGGAACUUUGAAUUUUUCUACUGAACUUUAAAAUGAUCGCAAUGUGAACGAUUUCAGAACUUUUAAUUAGGUUUUACUCCUACAAUCAUGUAUACUAAUAAAAUCUUACAGAAUGAAUCGUGCAUGAACGAUGCUUAUCUCGCUGCAUUUUCGAAUUUUAAAAAGCGGAGUGAGACUCCGAAAAUAAAGCCACGUCCUGAAUCUAUUUGGGAUUUAAAAAAUGAGACUGCUGACGAUAUUCAAAGUAAUCGACGCUCUACUAGAAAUGUCCACAGUGAGAAUUCCAAAUGCAACGACGCUCAUUCUUUCGGAAGAAUUAGCUUUUAUGAAGUUGGCGAUGAAGCAAUUUGGGGAAAUAUCACUGACGAGCAAUACCCCUCAAAUAAAAUUAAUACCGAUUCUGAAAUGCGUGAGACAAAUCCUGUAUAUGCUAAAACUGCAACCAAUAGAAAUUUUGUUUGGGAGAACAAACAUUCUCCUAAAUCCCCAGUUUGCGAAAAAAUAAGUUUUGUAAAUGGUCGUUGGGUAAAACAUUCUUCUCAGCCUGUUGAGCAUCAAUCACUUAGAUUUAAUCGAGUGAAUGAACUUAUUACUGAGAAAAAUGAGAGUGAAAUAAAUAUAUUAAAGAAAACUAAAAGAGUUUCUUUCCAAGACCACAAUGAUUAUAAUCAGGAUGUUGAAAUGAAGACUGACGAAGAAAUUGAAUACAUGGAUGUUGUUAGAUCAAAAAAUAAAAUCACAACUCCAGAAAAGAAUGUACCUAGAAAACGGCCAUGUAUCAGUGACAUCAAUUCCUUUGAUCCACAUCCAAGCAAUGUCUCUAAUUUAUUCAAUUCUUUGAAUGAUCAUAAAGAUAUGAUUAAUAAGCCACAAAUGAAUGAAAUUCAAUCUUUUAAACGUAGUGGUCCACAAACUGUAAAAAUUGAAGAAAAUUCUCGUAAGCCACAGUCAGUACUAAAGGAAAACACUGGUUUUGACAAUAUCCAGCGUAUGUCAUCGGAAAUUAAAUCUCUUUUGAACAUGCCUGUGAACAACAGUGAAAAAAAUGUUUUCGACAGGAAAACUGAGCAAGAAAACUAUCAAGCUCCCAGUCAGGAUUUGUCAAAGAAAGAAGAUAACAAUGCUGCAGAAAUUCGUUGGCAAAAUAGCUGGAGAACAGAGAAAAAUUCUCAUGCUCAGUUCCAGAAUAACAAUCGACAAUCUUCUUCAAUGGAAAAAGAUUCGAAUGAGACCGUUAAGAGCCCGUCUUUUGGAUAUGAGAAAAUUAAGAGCCCUUCUAAUAGAUAUGAGAAAAUUAAGAGCCCCUCUUUUGGACAUGAGAAAAUUAAGAGCCCUUCUAAUGGAUAUGAGAAAAUUAAGAGCCCUUCCUUAGAUGACUGGUUUAAACAGAGGAAACAAACUUGGAGACAAAGAAAUUCUGAUUCUGAAAGUGGUGAAGAUGGAAAUAAAAAUACCACAACUAUUCGGAGCAAUUUGAAGGAAGAUAAAGAGGACAACAAGAACACUCCUAAAGCUGUCAAGGAUUCUGGAAGAGAAGAGAGAAACAAGAUAAAAAAUAUCUCGUCUGUGUAUACUUCUGCAAGUGAGGAUAGAUGUGAUAACAAAAAUGAUUCUGCAACUAUUAAGAAUUGCUUAAAUAAGGAAAGUCAAAGCAAUAAAGAUAUUUCUGAAACUAAUGAGAAUGUUGAAAGAGAAAAUCAAGUUAAAAACAAAGAUGUUUCUCCAAUAAAGAAUUGUGCUAGCAAAGAUAGACAUGGAAGCAAAAGUGGUCUUGCAGCAGUAAACAAGUCUACUACUAAAGACAUCGAAAAGAAGAAAAAUAUUCGUAAAUCUUCGAGUGUUCAAUCGGCAGACCAGAUUUGCUCUGAAAAAGAUGCUCUGUUUUGUUUGCAGGUGACUGGUCAAGAUUUGACCUCCGAUUUAACUGUAGAGAAAAGAAUGUUGGAGCAUGUAAAAUCCCGAAGACCAGAAUUAAUGAAGUUGAUUCCACAGAAUUCCAAAAGUGAAGAAAUUCCAUAUAGCUGCGAAGCAAUCGUGAUUCUUUUGCGAUAUCUUUUCUCUUCAUAUCAAAAAAUAUCAAGCUGGAAAGUAGCUCUGGAAAUUAUGGCUCUUAGCCUUAAAUACAACUUGAAACGGUUGAAGAAAAUGUCUGAGCAAUAUUUUGCAGAAAACCCCCCAACUCUUCAGAAUGUGGAAGAGAUCAUUCACAAUGCAUGUUACUUAAAGGUAAUGUAUCAUUUGAACAAUGUAACUAAAGUUGAAGGGUUAUCAUUGUACCAGUAUAUGUGCAUUACUCCUUUGUCUAUGGAAUUUCAGUACAUAUCAUCUUCCUGCAUUGUUUCUUCCAAACUUCUUAUUGAACCAUCUGAAUUCUGCAUACCAUUGAAUCCCGUGAACCAUGACUUUUCAGCAGCCUUUAAAAAAGAUAUUAGAAAUGUUCUUGUGUUUCAGGCCGUGACAGGGACUUAUAUUUUGACGGGGGUUCAAAUUAAGUUUGAUGUGCAUUCUGCAGAAAGUGUGAAUAUCGAGUAUAAAGUUUCGAAAGGGAAUCAAAUGAUUGUUUCCGAUGAAAAGGAAAAACGCUUAAGAUCUUUGAUUAUCCUUAAUUUUGGUAAGGAUGUAUUGGUUCAGCCGUCAGAAAGAGUUGAAGUUUCUGUCAUGAUCGAGGAUAUUCAACCUCGUAUUUGUAGUGGAGUUGCAAACUUUAAAUGUGUGCAGAAUUCAAAUGGUUGUCAUUUCACAACAGAAUUAUCUUCGAAUGUUUCGCCGUGUUUGAUUUUUAUUGAAAAACUUUUUUAUACUGUGAGCUUCUAAGCAAGAAUUCUCCUAGAAGUGAAUCCAUGUAUUUACGAUUCAUUCCAUUUGUUUGUAGUUUCAACAAUUUUUUUUAAUGAAGUGAUUAUUUUUAUUUGCUCUUUAAAAUAUUUUGAUUUGAUUUUUAUGUUUUGUUAUUUCACAGUAAUUGUAAAAAAAAAAAAAAAAANAAAAAAAAAAAAAAAAAAAAAAUACAAGUGUCACCCUGCCACACAGGAAAUAACAAAAUAUCAUAAAAUUUCAUUGGAUUUCCCCAAUCUUAUUUCUUGCUGCUAAUGCUGAUAUUUCUUAAUUACCUUAAAAAUCUCAGAAAACUCUAAAUAUAUUGAUACGUUUCUUUUUCUAAGGUUAACUAAAAUCUUACACAUUUAAUUUUUGUCUAAAAAUAAAAAAAGGUGCUUUUAAUUGAUUUUUAAUAAUAUUACAUAUUUGAAAAUAAAUCAGUCUUUUAUCUAUUAUUUUUUUGUCUAUUAUCUAUUUAGCAUUAGCAACUAAAAAUAAGAUUGAUACUAUAUGUUGCCAAAAAUGGGCUGAAAGACAUAUUUUUUUUUUAAAAACUUGUUAUAGCAUGGAAUAAUUAUAUAUGGUCAAAGAAAGAAAAAUGUUUAAUUAAAAAAAAAAAAAUUUUUUUUUUCUUGCUGUUCCAGAAUUAGAUAUUAAAAAAUUUAUUUUCAAAAAUUUUUUUGUAAGUUUUUUAUAAUUGUAUUCUUUAACAACUUUAUAUCAUAUGAUAUAUUAAUUAGCUGAAUUUUAAAUGAGUUCUGUGCUUUAAUGUAGCAUAAAAUGAAGAAAAAAAAGUUUAACAAAACUUCUAACUAUAAUGUCUGUUUAAUUAGUAUUAAAAUAUAUCUUUGAUUCAUUUUCUCCCUCCUUUAUUCUUUUAAUAUGGGAAAAAUUAAUUUUACAUAAUCUUACUUUUUUUCUGUAGACUUAAUCUACUAUAGAUUAGACUACAGACUCUUAGCUCUACUUCUAUCAACUGUAACUUCUCAAUAAUAUAGUAUUCUUUAAAAGCUAAAUUUCAUAUUCUUCCGAAAUUUCAAGAAUAAUGCAUGAAAUGGUGAGGGGACAGUUGCAAAAUUUUUCAUACAAAUUUUUUAAUCUAUACCCUAUGCAAUUUUUAUAUUUUAUAAUGAUAAAAAAAAAAAAAAUGUGUUUUUCAAUUCAUUUUAAUAUUUUCUUUUAUGGACCUAAAGUUAUUGUCCAACUUGUUUGUAAACUUUAUUUUAUAAGGUAUACUUUAAAAUGUAAAUCAAAAAUCUUGCUUAACAUUCAUAAAAAUAUUUUGAUUUUAUCUUUUGGGUGACUUAAAAGGGAACACUUAGUGAUGUUUCGAGGUGAUGUUUCUCGAAAAAUUUUCAUCAGUUGAAUUUAUUGCUCCGUAACCAUAGAGACACAUUUUUUCAAUAAAUAUAUUAUACAAAUCAACAAAUUUUAUGAAAUUCUGAAAUGCCUAGCAAUAAAGAAAUAAUUAUAAAACUUGCCCAAAAAUUAUUUGACAACAUUUCUCAUUAACUUUGCUGAGUGUUCCCUUUUAAAUUCUGCAAUAUUUUGAUCUUGACCUACUUUUCAAUUAUUCUUCUAGUUCACAAUUUAUAUCACUUAUUGUACUUUUUUACAUUUGUUUUUAUAUGAAACUUUAAUGUGUGCAAUUUAUUUGCACUAUACAUUAAAGACUGAGUAUAGUACCAUUUUGCGUUGGUGAAAUGAACUUUCCUAUGUAAAAUGUUCAAAAUGUGCACAAAUUGGUGUGUAAAGAUGUUCACAAAUUGAAUUUUUUCCAAGUAAUGCAGUAACGAAAGAGAUGUGCUCUAGAAUCAGAAUAUUUUUACCCUUUUUGUUUACUGCAUUACUUUUUUUGGGUGGGAUCUUGGGAGGUAAGGCUUCAAUAUUUACUGUUGCUACCUUUUCAAGAUUAGGGGUGGGAUUUUUUUUCACUCAAAUUUCUUGAGUGGUUGUAUUUACUUCUUAUGGACUCUUUAGCCAAAGUAGUAAGUUAAUACUUUGAGAUGAUUGCAUGUAACAUACAUUUAGCAUUCCUUAAAUUUCUGUAGACUGUUUGGUGCAAAGAAGUGUAUUUUUUGAAUUCACAGUUUACUGUAAUUAAUAGAAGUUUACUGUAAUUCACAGUUUACUGUAAUUUCUUUAGGUGCUGUGAGUUCAAAAAUUUUAUGAGUCUGGGUAAUACAUGAUUUAUUACCAUUUUGGAAUAUAGUGUAAAUGUCUAUAGUAACUAUAGAAAUGCAUGUAUGGAUACAUUUGUUUACCGAAGUGAAACUGUAUUGUUAUAUUGAAAGUCUGUGCAUCUAAGGGCAUCAUAGAGUGGAAUUUAAGGACAUUUCUGAACUACUAUUAAUGAUAGUAUAUUCUAACUACAAUUCCAUAUUUUGAAUUCAUCAUAGUAGAAUUUAAGGACAUCUCAGAACUACUAUUAUUAUUCAUUAUAGUAGAAUCUAAGGAUAUCACAGGCCUACUAUUAAUUGAUUUAGUACUCAUGUUUUGUACUUUUUUCAAUUUCUGUGUAAUGUAUGUAUAUGAACAUACUAUUGUCAGUUAAAGAUUAAUUAAAGAGAAAACAUAGUGUUCGUGUAAGCAAAAUAAAGACUUUUGAACACUUGUUUUUACUAACUUCAGCAUUUCAUUAGAAAUGAGAAAAAUGUAAUUUUUGUUGAUAAAUCAUCCAAAAUAAUGUUUCAUGCAAAGUUAAUUUUUGCAACAUUAGCAUGGAUGAUUAGAAUUCUUUUCUCUUGAGUAUGAAGUAUGAAGCAAAGUUAUUUUGUGAAAAGCUGUUUGCUUUCAAAAGAAUGUUAGUUGUAUGAGUAGGCCAUACUUUGUAUGAUUUUGGAGAUUUAACAUCUCCCUCCUGUUUCUUCUCUUUAAGAAAAGUUCCUUUUCAGGGCCAACAAAUUUUAUGUGUUAUGAGUGUAAACUAUGCUUUACGUGUGUGAAAAAUAUUUAGUCAUAUAUUAAAUAUUGUUAUAUGCUAGUAUAAGUUUUUUUAAUGCGUAAAAUUAUCGUAGUUUUCUAUUGAUUUGUGAUGAAUAUGUUUAUAUUCCCUUUAUCUUCAAAAUUCACUUGAAAAUAAAAUAGUUUAUAACUUU